UUGCUGGGAUGGGUUUUAUCCUGUCUUACAAACUACCUGCCACAAUGGAAAAACCUCAACCUGGACUUAAAUGAAAUGGAAAACUGAACCACGGGACUCUGGCAAACCUGCGUCAUCCAAGAGGAAGUGGGGAUGCAGUGCAAGGACUUUGAUUCUUUCCUGGCUUUGCCUGCCGAGCUCAGGAUCUCCAGGAUUUUAAUGUUCAUGUCGAACGGGCUGGGAUUCCUGGGCCUGCUGGUCUCGGGGUUUGGCCUGGACUGCUUGAGGAUUGGAGAGAGACAGCAAGAUCUCAAGAAGCGGCUGUUAACCCUGGGAGGAAUUCUGUCCUGGACAGCGGGCAUCGCAGGCCUCGCUCCCGUCUCCUGGGUCGCCCACGUGACAGUCCGGGAGUUCUGGGAUGAGACCGUCCCAGAGAUUGUGCCCAGGUGGGAGUUUGGGGAAGCCCUCUUUAUCGGCUGGUUUGCUGGCUUUUCUCUCCUGCUAGGAGGGUGUCUGCUAAACUGGGCAGCCUGUGGGACCCGGGCCCCCC